GCGAUUCGAUGAAUCGAACAUCGCCGGUCAGGAGUUUAGUUCAGAAAGCAGCGGACGAAGAAAGAAGCGGAAUUUGCGGUGGUACAGUCUCGAGGACGAGAAGUGCACGCUCUCUUAUAUGCCGUCUCAUGCGACGAGGGAGGAACGCACUUUGAUGCGUGAAUUUUCGUUACGCAGCCGCGUAAUUCCGAGUGUCUGAUUUCCUGUCGAUUUGCCUUGGUAGACAAAUACAUCUCGUACAACAAGGUUCGGCGGCAGACUGUGAGGAUGAGCGAGAACGAAUGUGCAGAGACGCCGAAGACGAAAGACGCGGCCAGGGCGGAAUUUUUCAAGGAGGAGGCGAACGUGUACUUCAAAAAUCAAGUGUAUGAUAAAGCCAUCGAGUUGUAUACCAAAGCGAUAGAAUUAAAUCCGUCAGUAGCUGUGUACUAUGGUAAUAGGAGUAUCGCUUACCUGAGGACGGAAUGCUUCGGUUACGCAUUAACAGACGCGUCCAAAGCCAUCGAAUUAGAUAAAAAUUAUGUAAAGGGUUACUAUCGCAGAGCCGCUGCUUACAUGGCCCUCAGCAAGUUCAAAUUAGCCCUUACGGACUACAGAACUGUCGUAAAGGCAAGGCCCAAUGAUAAGGAUGCAAAGGAGAGAUAUAUGGAAUGUUGCAAGAUGGUUAAAGUAUUAGCCUUUCAGAAGGCCAUCUCUGUAGAAGAAAAAAAAAAUAUAGCCGAUAUGAUCAAUUUAGAAGCUAUGGCUAUUGAGGAUGAAUACACGGGACCUAAAUUGGUUGAUGGAAAAGUCACAUUACAGUUUAUGCAAGAUUUAUUAGAGUGGUAUAGAAAUCAAAAUAAAUUGCAUCGCAAGUAUGCUUACAAGAUUCUGUUGGAUGUUAAAUCGUGGUUUAUGGCACAACCUAGUUUAGUGGAUAUUACAAUCCCAGAAGAUAGUAAAUUCACAAUUUGCGGUGACAUACAUGGUCAAUUUUACGACUUGCUUAAUAUAUUUGAGUUGAACGGAUUACCAUCAGAAACUAAUCCAUAUUUAUUUAAUGGAGAUUUUGUAGACAGAGGCUCCUUCUCUGUAGAAUGUAUAUUUACUUUAUUUGGUUUUAAAUUAUUAUACCCAAAUCACUUCUUCAUGUCAAGAGGCAAUCAUGAAUCGGCAACAAUGAAUCAAAUGUACGGAUUUGAUGGUGAAGUAAAAGCUAAAUAUUCUACUCAAAUGGCAGAAUUGUUUACAGAAGUUUAUAAUUGGCUCCCUCUUGCACACUGCCUUAAUAAUAGAGUGCUUGUGAUGCACGGCGGAUUGUUUUCGCGGGACGACGUGACGUUGCAAGAGAUCAAGGAAAUCGACAGAAACAGACAACCGCCGGACGAAGGGUUGAUGUGCGAAUUGUUGUGGUCAGAUCCGCAACCGCAGAACGGCCGCGCGCCCAGCAAAAGAGGUGUAGGAGUUCAAUUCGGACCCGAUGUCACGCAGAAUUUCCUCAGGAUAAAUUCACUCGAUUACAUCGUGAGGAGUCACGAGGUGAAGAACGACGGUUAUGAAGUCGGGCAUGAUGGAAAAUGUAUCACAGUGUUCUCCGCUCCAAACUACUGCGAUACUAUGGGUAACCGAGGUGCCUUUAUCACACUUAAUGGCAAAGAUAUGAAACCAUAUUUUACAUCAUACGAAGCAAUGCCUCAUCCUAAUGUAAGGCCGAUGGCUUAUGCCAAUUCUUUACUAAAGUUCAUGUGCUAGUGGAACAACCUCUAGGUAUUAUUGAUAAAUGAAAAUAAAAUAACUGAGAUAUAAGUAGCCCAAUCAAAGUGUGCGUAAUAUAUUUGAUACCGAAAUGGAGAAGGUAAGAGAUACGUUAGGUGCUUCUCCACAACAAUAAUUCUUUCUAGGAGAUUACAGAAAGAAUUUUUUCUGUAUUAUAAAAUGCAAUGAGAAUGCAUAAUAUUGAUGGGUACAAAAGUAAGAAAGGUUUGCUUAUUUUUUUAGGAAACGCAAACAAAUCUACUUCGGUUUUCUUAUCUGUGAUAAUAGAUUAUAGAUGAAAAGAAAGUGAUCUUAUCUACGAUAAGUAAAACCGAUGGCUCACUUAAAACACUAAACAGUGAUUUGUGUUCGUUUGUAAUAAAAUAACGCGAAAAGGGAACGUUUCUAUUUUGUACCCUCAAUUGAUAGGACCACCUUGCUCGUUAAAGAUAUCCGCGAGCGCAUGCACCAUAUAAAUAGAGAGCAAAAAAUGUUAAUUCCCCCAAUAUCUUUCCACACAGCAACACAUAUAAGGUUUUAACUUAUGAUCUAUUAUUUAUAUAAAUACAGACUCAUAUAUCACGAUACUUUUAAUUGAUUCUUUAAUGAUCAUGGUGGAAUUUAAAUAUAAUUAUUAUGAAAAUA